AUGUCCACCAUGAAGAUAACAGGCGCCUUUGUACUCCUCACCCUGGCAGUUCUUUGCUUAGCAAAUGCUGCCAAAGAGAAUGAGGUAGACUGCAGCGAGUACAAGACAUUAGAGAGGGGAAGACCUAUUUACUGUGAAAGACUGUAUCAACCUUUUUGUGGCUCUGACGGAAAAACAUAUAACAACAAAUGCUCUUUCUGCAAAGCAAUUCUGAGAAGCAGAGGUGCCUUACAUAUGAAGCAAGCAGGGGUAUGCUGA